CAGCCAUCGGUGUACAAGUGUACUCAAGAGCUAUCGCAGUCAUGCCUGGAAAAAGGGAAGUGACGGUGGCAUGCACACAGAUCUCGUGCAGCUGGGACAAGGGAGACAAUUUGGCAAAAGCAGAGAGGCUGGUCCGGGAAGCAGCAGGUGCAGGAGCAAAUAUCAUCUUGCUGCAGGAGCUAUUCGAGACGCCCUACUUCUGCCAGGACCAGAAGCAGGAGCUCUUCGAGCUGGCACGCCCCUUUGAGGGCAACCCAGUGCUGCGGAGAUUCGCUGACCUGGCAAAGGAGCUCCAGGUGGCAUUGCCUAUCAGCUACUUUGAACGCGCCAAUAACAGCUUCUUCAACUCUCUUGCGGUCUUCGAUGCCGACGGCACCUGCGCUGGCCGCUACAGAAAGUCCCACAUCCCAGACGGCUGCGGGUAUCAGGAGAAAUUUUACUUCAACCCGGGCGACACAGGCUUCCAGACAUUCCAGACCAGGUUUGCCAAGAUUGGCGUGGCCAUCUGCUGGGACCAGUGGUUCCCUGAGGCUGCCAGGUGUAUGGCCCUCAUGGGAGCAGAGGUGUUGUUCUACCCGACAGCCAUCGGGAGCGAGCCCCAGGACCCGAGCUUGAAUUCGUACCCGCACUGGACCCGCGUAAUGUGCGGGCACGCCGGCGCAAACCUGGUGCCUCUGGUGGCAUCCAACAGGAUAGGGGAAGAGAAGGCUGAGUCAGGCAGCAUUACUUUCUACGGCGGGUCCUUCAUUGCCGGUCCGACAGGAGAGAUCAAAGCACAGAUUGGAAAGAAGACAGAAGGGGAGUUGAUUGACCUGACCCCUGACAGGAAGGAGGGCUUCGCAGUGGCCACCUUUGACUUGGAAGCCAUCAGAUGGCAACGCGCCAGUUGGGGACUGUUCCGCGACAGGCGCCCGGACCUCUACGGACCCAUUCUGACUCUGGAUGGCAGCAGCGGCAAGCGGAGUGGGGCAAUAUGAUGUGCUCAUAUCUGGGGAAUAUUAUCUGUCACUAGGGCACAGCGGGUCCAAUGUACUCCACCCAUUUCUGAAGAGUUUCUAUUGCCAGAGCGUAGCGGGGCAAUCUGAUGUCUUGAGUGCUGGUUUUUUUUCUGUUGCGAGAGAGCGCCAGUGGUGCAGCAGUGAUGGAGAGUUGCAUCGGUGGUGAGAGUUUAAUUACUACUGUAUAAAAAGGAAGUUUCUGGUGGCUGAUUCUGCUCUGCGGGGAAAGGACAAUCCUGACAUACUGGCACCAUGACAGCAGGGCAGUGUCGCUAAGCAGCUGUUCAGAAUGUCCACCUGAUCUUGUGAUGCUCCUGGAAUUUCAUUUCGUGUGAAGCUGACUGCUUGUCCUGACCCUGUGAGGACGUGAACUUUCUGACGCCUGUUUUAUUGCUGCCUUCAUCUCUAAUGAAACACAGUGCGUUGUACUAGAGCACCGCAGCCUAAUGUGGCAUCUUCUCCCUACUUUGUAAGCGGCUUUGGUAUGUAC